AUGACAUCGUUUCAAGUUAGAAGUACAUUGCAUUUGAAACCCACCGAUACCCACACCACGACAUACUGCAAAAGGAGAGAUUACGAAUGGCAAAUAGUAUGGAGAAACGUCUUGGCUUUCGUUUAUUUGCACGCCGCCUCAUUGUACGGCGUUUACCUCAUAGUGUCCUUCAAAUCGAAAAUAUUGACGCUGCUGUUUGCCUGCUGUUUCGCAGCGUUGUCCGCGAUGGGCGUCACAGCUGGCGCGCACAGGCUGUGGGCACACAGAGCCUACAAGGCACGAUGGCCGCUCAGGCUCUUCUUAGCGGUCAUGCAAACAAUGGCCUUCCAGAACCACAUAUACGAAUGGGUGCGCGAUCACAGGGUACAUCACAAGUUCACGGAGACGGACGCCGACCCCCACAACGCACGGCGCGGCUUCUUUUUCUCCCACAUCGGCUGGCUGAUGGUGAGGAAGCACAAGGAUGUGUUUGAAAAAGGAGCACUAGUCGACAUGUCCGAUCUGGAAAAAGACCCGAUUGUUAUGUACCAGAAAAAGACGUACCUCGUGGUGAUGCCUAUUCUGUGCUUCAUCCUGCCGGCGUGGAUACCAGUAGCGCUGUGGGGGGAAAACCCUUGGUACUCUUGGUAUGUCGCCGCCAUGUUCCGGUACACACUGUCCCUGCAUUUCACAUGGCUGGUCAACUCUGCCGCUCACAUUUGGGGCAACAGGCCGUACGAUAAAUACAUAGGCGCCACAGAUAAUAAAUCGGUAGCCAUCUGCGCUUUCGGAGAAGGCUGGCACAACUACCAUCACGUGUUCCCUUGGGACUACAAAGCUGCCGAGCUUGGUCAUUACAGCACGAACAUUUCGACAGCACUGAUUGACUGGGCGGCAAAAUACGGGUUAGCAUACGACUUGAAGACCGUGUCGGCAGAGAUGAUCCGCAAAAGGGUCUCCCGUACCGGGGACGGCAGCCACCCUUACAGCAAAGAGGCUGAGAGCAAAGAGGAAGACCACCACCACCCUGAGAAUCCAGUUUGGGGCUGGGACGACCAGGACAUGCUGGACGAGGAGCGGCAGUUAGCAGAAAUCACAAAUAAGAAAUCGGAU